AGUUAUUUGAUAGUCUGCGACAGUGCCUCUCAGACUGGCCGCCACAACCCCUGGCCACUCCACAUACCGAUCCACCCCACCCCCGGCCACUCCACAUACCGAUCCACCCCACCCCGGCCACUCCACAUACCGAUCCACCCCCACCCCCGGCCACUCCACAUACCGAUCCACCCCCACCCCCGGCCACUCCACAUACCGAUCCACCCCACCCCCGGCCACUCCACAUACCGAUCCACCCCACCCCCGGCCACUCCACAUACCGAUCCACCCCACCCCCGGCCACUCCACAUUCCGAUCCACCCCACCCCCGGCCACUCCACAUACCGAUCCACCCCACCCCCGGCCACCGUGAGCCUGACCCGGAGUUAUGUUAGGGGACUGUCCCGGCCACCGUGAGCCUGACCCGGAGUUAUGUUAGGGGACUGUCCCGGCCACCGUGAGCCUGACCCGGAGUUAUGUUAGGGGACUGUACAAAUUCAGACAUUUACCUAUUAUACUAUAAUGCACAUGAAUGUGUAGUAUCCCAGAAAUCUUCACAUUCCUCAUUUGUAAUACUUUCCCCUAAGUCUGCUUCCCAUUUGAGACAGAGAUUAUUAGUGUUAUCUGGGAAGGAAUCAGUUUGGUCAUCCUAUUCAUAUUCCUCAGAACCAAUUCAAUGUGUUUGAUGCUUUUGGCACAUUCAAAUCAUGUUGUUUGUGUUAGCAUGGUGUCUGCUAGGGUCAGGACGAUACCAGUAUCGCGAUACUCGAUAGUAUCAUGGCAAGGAAACAAAACCUGAAGCGGAUUUAACUUCAGCCCUGAUGUUGAAAACAAACAUCAUAAUGUUGUCAUCCAGUCACAUGUAUUUAUUUUCCAAACUAUAUAUCACACAAUGUUUUACAUACAGCAGGUUUUUACAGGACCAAAGAGUUGGUCUGCUUCCUGUUUUCUUUUUUGCCAUGGAAAAAAAUAUUGCGAUACUGGUAUCAUCCCGUGGCUGAUAUUCUACCUGAUGUUCUGUUAUAGUGGCUGAUAUUCUACCUGAUGUUCUGUUAUAGCGGCUGAUAUUCUACCUGAUGUUCUGUUAUAGCGGCUGAUAUUCUACCUGAUGUUCUGUUAUAGCGGCUGAUAUUCUACCUGAUGUUCUGUUAUAGUGGCUGAUAUUCUACCUGAUGUUCUGUUAUAGUGGCUGAUAUUCUACCUGAUGUUCUGUUAUAGCGGCUGAUAUUCUACCUGAUGUUCUGUUAUAGUGGCUGAUAUUCUACCUGAUGUUCUGUUAUAGUGGCUGAUAUUCUACCUGAUGUUCUGUUAUAGUGGCUGAUAUUCUACCUGAUGUUCUGUUAUAGCGGCUGAUAUUCUACCUGAUGUUCUGUUAUAGCGGCUGAUAUUCUACCUGAUGUUCUGUUAUAGCGGCUGAUAUUCUACCUGAUGUUCUGUUAUAGUGGCUGAUAUUCUACCUGAUGUUCUGUUAUAGUGGCUGAUAUUCUACCUGAUGUUCUGUUAUAGCGGCUGAUAUUCUACCUGAUGUUCUGUUAUAGCGGCUGAUAUUCUACCUGAUGUUCUGUUUAUAGCGGCUGAUAUUCUACCUGAUGUUCUGUUAUAGUGGCUGAUAUUCUACCUGAUGUUCUGUUAUAGUGGCUGAUAUUCUACCUGAUGUUCUGUUAUAGUGGCUGAUAUUCUACCUGCUGUUCUGUUAUAGUGGCUGAUAUUCUACCUGAUGUUCUGUUAUAGUGGCUGAUAUUCUACCUGCUGUUCUGUUAUAGUGGCUGAUAUUCUACCUGAUGUUCUGUUAUAGUGGCUGAUAUUCUACCUGAUGUUCUGUUAUAGUGGCUGAUAUUCUACCUGAUGUUCUGUUAUAGUGGCUGAUAUUCUACCUGAUGUUCUGUUAUAGCGGCUGAUAUUCUACCUGAUGUUCUGUUAUAGUGGCUGAUAUUCUACCUGAUGUUCUGUUAUCUCCAGAGUUGCCACUACAUCCCCUGUUCUUCGUCCCUCUAUAGUUACAGAUGACCGACACUAUGGAUAACCUGGAGCAGCUGCUCCAACUGAACGGAGGAGAUGGACAGAUCUUCACCAUGGAAGGCCAGCUCUGUCUGAAGAGUGUACAGUCCAUGUUUGGGUAUGUUGUACUUCAGCAGAAGCACCUGACUUAUCUUUGGGCCUAGCUAGGUCUAGGCCUGGCACAAUUACCGUAUAACCGUGUAACCGACAGUUGUGGAUAAAGACCGUUAUGAAAAUAAAAUAACUGUCAUAACCGGAAAGAAAUAUGUCAUUUUAAGCUAGAGAUACAGUGGGGGAAAAAAGUAUUUAGUCAGCCACCAAUUGUGCAAGUUCUCCCACUUAAAAAGAUGAGAGAGGCCUGUAAUUUUCAUCAUAGGUACACGUCAACUAAGACAGACAAAAUGAGAAAAAGAAAUCCAGAAAAUCACAUUGUAGGAUUUUUAAUGAAUUUAUUUGCAAAUUAUGGUGGAAAAUAAGUAUUAAUGUAGCAGCACACACACAAAUAGAAUGAAUAGAAGGGGGUUGGAACCUCUAACCCUGGUAAUAUGACUGGCUAACUGGUAUUGUGAUGCAAUCAUUUCCAUGGUAAUGUAGAAUGUUCAUUCAAAUGAUGUUAACUGAUGUGGCUCAUGCAAUGGAAUUUAUUUUUGGUUCUGUCAGUUGAGUUUGAAUCAACAAAUCACAGCACAUUUUGAUGGGUACACUUCCUGCUUUGCUCCUAUGGGUACAGUCGUAAUGGGCCGCCAGUCCACCCACUAUGCCAUCGUUGACUUGAAAGGGGACGCCCGUUAUGUUCAUUCUAUUUAUAUGGCAGCACAUGCAGACAGGAGCGGAGGAGAGAAGGAGAAAAAUGAUUUCAUUUUGUUGCUAUUCGAACGGUUAUUACUGUGACUGCGGUCAUUUGGCUGGCCAAUAACUGUCAUCCAGAAUUCCAUGAGCGCCGCAGCCCUAGCUAGUUCCAUGAGCGCCACAGCCCUAGCUAGAUCCAUGAGCGCCGCAGCCCUAGCUAGAUCCAUGAGCGCCGCAGCCCUAGCUAGUUCCAUGAGCGCCACAGCCCUAGCUAGAUCCAUGAGCACCGCAGCCCUAGCUAGUUCCAUGAGCGCCGUAGCCCUAGCUAGUUCCAUGAGCGCCACAGCCCUAGCUAGAUCCAUGAGCACCGCAGCCCUAGCUAGUUCCAUGAGCGCCGUAGCCCUAGCUAGUUCCAUGAGCGCCACAGCCCUAGCUAGAUCCAUGAGCGCCACAGCCCUAGCUAGAUCCAUGAGCGCCGCAGCCCUAGCUAGUUCCAUGAGCGCCGCAGCCCUAGCUAGUUCCAUGAGCGCCACAGCCCUAGCUAGAUCCAUGAGCGCCGCAGCCCUAGCUAGAUCCAUGAGCGCCGCAGCCCUAGCUAGUUCCAUGAGCGCCACAGCCCUAGCUAGAUCCAUGAGCACCGCAGCCCUAGCUAGUUUCCAUGAGCGCCGUAGCCCUAGCUAGUUCCAUGAGCGCCACAGCCCUAGCUAGAUCCAUGAGCACCGCAGCCCUAGCUAGUUCCAUGAGCGCCGUAGCCCUAGCUAGUUCCAUGAGCGCCACAGCCCUAGCUAGAUCCAUGAGCGCCGCAGCCCUAGCUAGUUCCAUGAGCGCCGCAGCCCUAGCUAGAUCCAUGAGCGCCACAGCCCUAGCUAGAUCCAUGAGCGCCGCAGCCCUAGCUAGUUCCAUGAGCGCCGCAGCCCUAGCUAGUUCCAUGAGCGCCACAGCCCUAGCUAGAUCCAUGAGCGCCACAGCCCUAGCUAGAUCCAUGAGCGCCGCAGCCCUAGCUAGUUCCAUGAGCGCCACAGCCCUAGCUAGAUCCAUGAGCACCGCAGCCCUAGCUAGUUCCAUGAGCGCCGUAGCCCUAGCUAGUUCCAUGAGCGCCACAGCCCUAGCUAGAUCCAUGAGCGCCGCAGCCCUAGCUAGAUCCAUGAGCGCCGCAGCCCUAGCUAGUUCCAUGAGCGCCGCAGCCCUAGCUAGUUCCAUGAGCGCCGCAGCCCUAGCUAGAUCCAUGAGCGCCGCAGCCCUAGCUAGUUCCAUGAGCGCCACAGCCCUAGCUAGAUCCAUGAGCACCGCAGCCCUAGCUAGUUCCAUGAGCGCCGUAGCCCUAGCUAGUUCCAUGAGCGCCACAGCCCUAGCUAGAUCCAUGAGCGCCGCAGCCCUAGCUAGAUCCAUGAGCGCCGCAGCCCUAGCUAGUUCCAUGAGCGCCGCAGCCCUAGCUAGAUCCAUGAGCGCCGCAGCCCUAGCUAGUUCCAUGAGCGCCGCAGCCCUAGCUAUAUCCAUGAGCGCCGCAGCCCUAGCUAGUUCCAUGAGCGCCGCAGCCCUAGCUAGUUCCAUGAGCGCCGCAGCCCUAGCUAGUUCCAUGAGCGCCGCAGCCCUAGCUAGUUCCAUGAGCACCGCAGCCCUAGCUAGAUCCAUGAGCGCCGCAGCCCUAGCUAGUUCCAUGAGCGCCGCAGCCCUAGCUAGUUCCAUGAGCGCCGCAGCCCUAGCUAGUUGCAUGAGCGCCGCAGCCCUAGCUAGUUCCAUGAGCACCGCUGCCCUAGCUAGUUCCAUGAGCGCCGCAGCCCUAGCUAGUUCCAUGAGCGCCGCAGCCCUAGCUAGUUCCAUGAGCGUCGCAGCCCUAGCUAGUUCUCUAUCUCAGCUAGUGUCUUGUUUCCACUAAUGUUCCAACUGAUUGGUCUGUCCAGGCGUCUGAUAGAUGCGGCCUACUCCCCCUUCCCUGCUGUGCUGCGCUGUGGGAACCUGGCUUCUGAUGUCCAGGUGUUCCCCAGACCGGAGCCUGUGUUCCUGGAUGAAGAAAUUGACCCUAUGCCCCGACACAUCCUCACAGGUACCCAACAGGCUUUCUAAAUGAUCCUAACCAUAUGUCGUCUAUCAUCCCAGUACCCAACAGGCUUUCUAAAUGAUCCUAACCAUAUGUUGUCUAUCAGCCCAGUACCCAACAGGCUUUCUAAAUGAUCCUAACCAUAUGUUGUCUAUCAGCCCAGUACCCAACAGGCUUUCUAAAUGAUCCUAACCAUAUGUUGUCUAUCAGCCCAGUACCCCACAGGCUUUCUAAAUGAUCCUAACCAUAUGUUGUCUAUCAGCCCAGUACCCAACAGGCUUUCUAAAUGAUCCUAACCAUAUGUUGUCUAUCAGCCCAGUACCCAACAGGCUGUCUAAAUGAUCCUAACCAUAUGUUGUCUAUCAGCCCAGUACCCAACAGGCUUUCUAAAUGAUCCUAACCAUAUGUUUGUCUAUCAGCCCAGUACCCAACAGGCUGUCUAAAUGAUCCUAACCAUAUGUUGUCUAUCAGCCCAGUACCCAACAGGCUUUCUAAAUGAUCCUAACCAUAUGUUGUCUAUCAGCCCAGUUGUCUAUCAGCCCAGUACCCAACAGGCUUUCUAAAUGAUCCUAACCAUAUGUUGUCUAUCAGCCCAGUACCCAACAGGCUUUCUAAAUGAUCCUAACCAUAUGUUGUCUAUCAGCCCAGUACCCAACAGGCUUUCUAAAUGAUCCUAACCAUAUGUAGUCUAUCAGCCCAGUACCCAACAGGCUGUCUAAAUGAUCCUAACCAUAUGUUGUCUAUCAGCCCAGUACCCAACAGGCUUUCUAAAUGAUCCUAACCAUAGUGUUGUCUAUCAGCCCAUUACCCAACAGGCUUUCUAAAUGAUCCUAACCAUAUGUUGUCUAUCAGCCCAGUACCCAACAGGCUUUCUAAAUGAUCCUAACCAUAUGUUGUCUAUCAGCCCAGUACCCAACAGGCUUUCUAAAUUAUCCUAACCAUAUGUUGUCUAUCAGCCCAGUACCCAACAGGCUUUCUAAAUGAUCCUAACCAUAUGUUGUCUAUCAGCCCAGUACCCAACAGGCUUUCUAAAUGAUCCUAACCAUAUGUCGUCUAUCAGCCCAGUAACCCAACAGGCUUUCUAAAUGAUCCUAACCAUAUGUCGUCUAUCAGCCCAGUACCCAACAGGCUUUCUAAAUGAUCCUAACCAUAUGUUGUCUAUCAGCCCAGUACCCAACAGGCUGUCUAAAUGAUCCUAACCAUAUGUUGUCUAUCAGCCCAGUACCCAACAGGCUGUCUAAAUGAUCCUAACCAUAUGUUGUCUAUCAGCCCAGUACCCAACAGGCUGUCUAAAUGAUCCUAACCAUAUGUUGUCUAUCAGCCCAGUACCCAACAGGCUGUCUAAAUGAUCCUAACCAUAUGUUGUCUAUCAGCCCAGUACCCAACAGGCUGUCUAAAUGAUCCUAACCAUAUGUUGUCUAUCAGCCCAGUUGUCUAUCAGCCCAGUACCCUAUCAGCCCAGUACCCAACAGGCUGUCUAAAUUAUCCUAACCAUAUGUUGUCUAUCAGCCCAGUUGUCUAUCAGCCCAGUUGUCUAUCAGCCCAGUUGUCUAUCAGCCCAGUACCCAACAGGCUUUCUAAAUGAUCCUAACCAUAUGUUGUCUAUCAGCCCAGUACCCAACAGGCUUUCUAAAUGAUCCUAACCAUAUGUUGUCUAUCAGCCCAGUUGUCUAUCAGCCCAGUUGUCUAUCAGCCCAGUACCCAACAGGCUGUCUAAAUUAUCCUAACCAUAUGUUGUCUAUCAGCCCAGUUGUCUAUCAGCCCAGUUGUCUAUCAGCCCAGUACCCAACAGGCUUUCUAAAUGAUCCUAUCCAUAUGUUGUCUAUCAGCCCAGUUGUCUAUCAGCCCAGUUGUCUAUCAGCCCAGUACCCAACAGGCUGUCUAAAUGAUCCUAACCAUAUGUUGUCUAUCAGCCCAGUACCCAACAGGCUGUCUAAAUGAUCCUAACCAUAUGUUGUCUAUCAGCCCAGUACCCAACAGGCUGUCUAAAUGAUCCUAACCAUAUGUUGUCUAUCAGCCCAGUACCCAACAGGCUUUCUAAAUGAUCCUAACCAUAUGUUGUCUAUCAGCCCAGUACCCAACAGGCUGUCUAAAUGAUCCUAACCAUAUGUUGUCUAUCAGCCCAGUACCCAACAGGCUGUCUAAAUGAUCCUAACCAUAUGUCGUCUAUCAGCCCAGUACCCAACAGGCUGUCUAAAUGAUCCUAACCAUAUGUUGUCUAUCAGCCCAGUACCCAACAGGCUUUCUAAAUGAUCCUAACCAUACAGUGACUAUAGAAAGUCUACACCACUUUCAACAGUUCCAUCUUUUGUUGCCUUAUAGCCUGGAAUUAAAAUGCAUUAAAAUAGUUUCCCCCCCCCACAUUGAUCUACCCAUCAUACCCCACAACUUCCAAUUGAAACAAAUAUUCAUUUUAGUUUUUAUAAAAUCAAUAAAAAAAAUAAAAACUUAAAUAGCUUGUGUCCUUGUAAUAGCAAUCCUAAAUGAGCUCAGGUGUAACCGAUCACACAUCAGGGUAAUUGGCCUCCACCUGUGUUAAAUUGUAGUGAUUCACAUGAUUUUAGGAUAAAUUCAGCAGUUCCUGUAGGUUCCCUCUGCUGGGUAGUGAAUUACAAAGCAAACACUCAACCAUGAGCACCAAGGAGCUUUCAGAAGAACUCCGGGACCAAGUUGUGGAAAGGCACAGAUCAGGGGAUGGCUAUCAACAUAUGGCCUUGAGGAUCCAGGGGAUGGCUAUCAACAUAAGGCCUUGAGGAUCCAGGGGAUGGCUAUCAACAUAAGGCCUUGAGGAUCCAGGGGAUGGCUAUCAACAUAAGGCCUUGAGGAUCCCUUGGACCUCUGUGUUGUUGUUGUUUUUAUCGCACUGCUUUGCUUUAUCUUGGCCAGGUCGCAGUUGUAAAUGAGAACUUGUUCUCAACUGGCUUCUUACCUGGUUAAAUAAAGGUAAAAUAAAAAAUAAAAAUAAACGGUCAAGAAGUAGUAGGUGUAUGGAUCAGAGAGGAGACUGAUCAGAGAGGAGACUGAUCAGAGAGGAGACUGAUCAGAGAGGAGACUGAUCAGAGAGGAGACUGAGCCAGUAGGAGACUGAUCAGAGAGGAGACUGAGCCAGUAGGAGACUGAUCAGAGAGGAGACUGAGCCAGUAGGAGACUGAUCAGAGAGGAGACUGAUCAGAGAGGAGACUGAGACAGUAGGAGACUGAUCAGAGAGGAGACUGAUCAGAGAGGAGACUGAUCAGAGAGGAGACUGAUCAGAGAGGAGACUGAUCAGAGAGGAGACUGAUCAGAGAGGAGACUGAGCCAGUAGGAGACUGAUCAGAGAGGAGACUGAUCAGAGAGGAGACUGAUCAGAGAGGAGACUGAUCAGAGAGGAGACUGAUCAGAGAGGAGACUGAUCAGAGAGGAGACUGAUCAGAGAGGAGACUGAUCAGAGAGGAGACUGAGCCAGUAGGAGACUGAUCAGAGAGGAGACUGAGCCAGUAGGAGACUGAUCAGAGAGGAGACUGAGCCAGUAGGAGACUGAUCAGAGAGGAGACUGAUCAGAGAGGAGACUGAGCCAGUAGGAGACUGAUCAGAGAGGCUACCAAGAGUCCAAUGGCAACUUCGAAAGUGCUACAGGCUUCUAUGGCCAAGACUGGUCACAGUGUGAAUGUGACAACAAUAUGCCAAGCGCUCCACAAAUCUGCCAUGUAUGGUAGGGUGUCCAGAAGGAAGCCAUUACUCCAGAAAGCCCAUCUUGAAUCCCUUUUGAAGUAUGCAAAAAAAAAAAAAAAAAGGCUUGGGAGAUUCUGUAGCCAUGUGACAAAAAGUUUUGUGGUCUGACAAAACAUAAAUUGAACUUUUGGGCCUAAAUGCAAAGCGUUACGUUUGACGCAAACCCAACAAGGCACAUCACCCAAAGAACACCAUCCCUACUGUGAAGCAUGGCGGCAGCAGCAUGUUAUGGGGAUGUUUCAGUCCCCAUAACAUGUUACCAGGAUAGAAGGGGAAAUGUAAUGGUGCAAUGUACAGAAAAGUCCUUGAAGAAAAAUGCUGAAACUUUCAGCAUGACAACAAGCCGAAGCCAGUGGAGUGGCUAAGGAAUAAAAAAGGUGUAAAUGUCCUUGAUUGGCGCAGUCAGAGCCCGGACCUCAAUACAACGCUGUCCGUCAACGCUUCCCAGUCAGAGCCCUGACCUCAAUACAACGCUGUCCAUCAACGCUUCCCAGUCAGAGCCCUGACCUCAAUACAACGCUGUCCAUCAACGCUUCCCAGUCAGAGCUCUGACCUCAAUACAACGCUGUCCAUCAACGCUUCCCAGUCAGAGCCCUGACCUCAAUACAACGCUGUCCAUCAACGCUUCCCAGUCAGAGCCCUGACCUCAAUACAACGCUGUCCAUCAACGCUUCCCAGUCAGAGCCCUGACGUCAAUACAACGCUGUCCAUCAACGCUUCCCAGUCAGAGCCCUGACGUCAAUACAACGCUGUCCAUCAACGCUUCCCAGUCAGAGCCCGGACCUCAAUACAACGCUGUCCAUCAACGCUUCCCAGUCAGAGCCCUGACCUCAAUACAACGCUGUCCAUCAACGCUUCCCAGUCAGAGCCCGGACCUCAAUACAACGCUGUCCAUCAACGCUUCCCAGUCAGCCCUGACCUCAAUACAACGCUGUCCAUCAACGCUUCCCAGUCAGAGCCCUGACCUCAAUACAACGCUGUCCAUCAACGCUUCCCAGUCAGAGCCCUGACGUCAAUACAACGCUGUCCAUCAACGCUUCCCAGUCAGAGCCCUGACCUCAAUACAACGCUGUCCAUCAACGCUUCCCAGUCAGAGCCCUGACGUCAAUACAACGCUGUCCAUCAACGCUUCCCAGUCAGAGCCCUGACAUCAAUACAACGCUGUCCAUCAACGCUUCCCAGUCAGAGCCCUGACCUCAAUACAACGCUGUCCAUCAACGCUUCCCAGUCAGAGCCCUGACAUCAAUACAACGCUGUCCAUCAACGCUUCCCAGUCAGAGCCCGGACCUCAAUACAACGCUGUCCAUCAACGCUUCCCAGUCAGAGCCCUGACCUCAAUACAACGCUGUCCAUCAACGCUUCCCAGUCAGAGCCCGGACCUCAAUACAACGCUGUCCAUCAACGCUUCCCAGUCAGAGCCCUGACCUCAAUACAACGCUGUCCAUCAACGCUUCCCAGUCAGAGCCCCGGACCUCAAUACAACGCUGUCCAUCAACGCUUCCCAGUCAGAGCCCGGACCUCAAUACAACGCUGUCCAUCAACGCUUCCCAGUCAGCCCUGACCUCAAUACAACGCUGUCCAUCAACGCUUCCCAGUCAGAGCCCUGACGUCAAUACAACGCUGUCCAUCAACGCUUCCCAGUCAGAGCCCGGACCUCAAUACAACGCUGUCCAUCAACGCUUCCCAGUCAGAGCCCUGACGUCAAUACAACGCUGUCCAUCAACGCUUCCCAAGUCACUUGACAGAGCUUGAACAGUUUUGUAGAAGAGAAUGGUCAAAUAUUGCCAAGUCUAGGUGUGCAAAGUUGGUUGAGACCCAUCCCAACAGACUCACAGCUGUAAUGGCUGACAAAGGUGCUUCCACCAAGUAUUGUCUAAUGGGGGGGGGGGGGUUGAGACUUAUCCAAUUAUGAUAUUUCAGUUUUGUAUUUUUCCCCUUAAAAGGUUGGAGUAUGGUGUGUAGAUUAGUGGUGAGAAAUCCUUAUCUAAAUGCAUGAAACUUUGAGGCAUCGACACAACAAAAUGUGAAAACAAUUCAAGGGGGUGUAAUCUUUCUAUAGGCGCUGGAUGUUCUCUAUCAGCUUAGUCUCCUUCAAUUCAACUGUGUUCAACUCUCUUACGGACUUUCAGAUUUUCUUGAUGACCAUCACAGUUCAUUGAUUUAGAUGUGUUAUUGUAUGUGCUGUAAAACUGCCAUUCCACUUCAAGCUGUCAAUGUAUACAUCAAGUAAAACUAACUGUGUUGCAGAUCUGGAGAUAGUUGGUUUCAUAGAGAUAGGAGACAUCUCGAGUCCUCCUGUCAUGUCCAGACACCUGGUUCUCCCUAUCGCUGUCAAUAAAGGUAGUUACCGCUUCUAAUCUGUUCUCCUCAGACUGGGCUCUUGCCUUUUAACUAAUACCAAAAUAGUGUUCUAAAAUAUAGUUCUAAUGUUCUAAAUGAGUGUUGUAAUGUUCUAAAAGAGUGUUUAUAUAUUCUAAAAGUGUGUUCUAAUGUCUUAAAAGACUGUUCUAAAUGACUAUUCUAAUGUUCUAAAUGAAUGUUCUAAUGUUCUAAAAUAGUGUUCUGAUGUUCUAAAAUAGUGUUCUAAUGUUCUAAAUGAGUGUUGUAAUGAGUUUAUUGUUGUGUUCUUGGUUCCAGAGGUGGAUGAAGUGGGUCCCGGAACCACAGAGGAGCAGGAGGAGGGACCUGCACAGCGGGGAGGGAAUGUCCAACUUUGUUCCUACUCAUGCAGUUAAAGGUGAGGGCAUGGUGGCGCUGGUACAGCUGGGGUAGAUAUUACUAUGUUCUGUUAUGACACAUUAUAAAGGUUCAUAACAUACUUAUAACAUGUUAUAAAGGUAGAGGGCAUGGUGGCGCUGGUACAGCUGGGGUAAGAUAUUACUAUAUUCUGUUAUGACACAUUAUAAAGGUUCAUAACAUACUUAUAACAUGUUAUAAAGGUAGAGGGCAUGGUGGCACUGGUACAGCUGGGGUAAGAUAUUACUAUAUUCUGUUAUGACACAUUAUAAAGGUUCAUAACAUACUUAUAACAUGUUAUAAAGGUAGAGGGCAUGGUGGCACUGGUUACAGCUGGGGUAGAUUUACUAUAUUUCUGUUAUGACACAUAUAAGGUUCAUACAUACUUAUAACAUGUUAUAAGGUAGAGGGCAUGGUGCACUGGUACAGCUGGGGUAAGAUAUUACUAUAUUCUGUUAUGCACAUGAUAAAGUUCAUAACUACUUAUACAUGUUACUAAAGUGUAGAGGGCAUGCUGGUUCUGUACAGCUUGGGGGUAAGAUAUAUGUUAAUCUAUUCUCUAUCUCUCUCUAGCCCAGAGUGGUACGGGAUGCUGGUUAAUCUAUUCUCUAUCUCUCCAGUCCAGAGUGGUACGGGAUGCUGGUUAAUCUAUUCUCUAUCUCUCCAGUCCAGAGUGGUACGGGAUGCUGGUUAAUCUAUUCUCUAUCUCUCUCCAGCCCAGAGUGGUACGGGAUGCUGGUUAAUCUAUUCUCUAUCUCUCUCCAGCCCAGAGUGGUACGGGAUGCUGGUUAAUCUAUUCUCUAUCUCUCUCUCCAGCCCGGAGUGGUACGGGAUGCUGGUUAAUCUAUUCUCUAUCUCUCUCCAGCCCCGAGUGGUACGGGAUGCUGGUUAAUCUAUUCUCUAUCUCUCUCCAGCCCAGAGUGGUACGGUGCUGGUUAAUCUAUUCUCUCUCCCUCUAGCCCAGAGUGGUACGGGAUGCUGGUUUAUAAUCUUUUCUCUCUCUCAGCCCAGAGUGGUACGGGAUGCUGGUUAAUCUAUUCUCUAUCUCUCCAGCCAGAGUGGUACGGGAUGCUGGUUAUCAUUCUCUAUCUCUCUCCAGCCCAGAGUGGUACGGGAUGCUGGUUAAUCUAUUCUCUUCUCUCCCAGCCCAGAGUGGUACGGGAUGCUGGUUAAUCUAUUCUCUAUCUCUCUCUCCAGCCCAGAGUGGUACGGGAUGCUGGUUAAUCUAUUCUCUAUCUCUCUCCAGCCCGGAGUGGUACGGGAUGCUGGUUAAUCUAUUCUCUAUCUCUCUCCAGCCCAGAGUGGUACGGGAUGCUGGUUAAUCUAUUCUCUCUCCCUCUAGUCCAGAGUGGUACGGGAUGCUGGUUAAUCUAUUCUCUCUCUCUAGCCCAGAGUGGUACGGGAUGCUGGUUAAUCUAUUCUCUCUCUCCAGUCCCAGAGUGGUAUCGGGAUGCUGGUUAAUCUAUUCCUCUUCUCUCCAGCCCAGAGUGGUACGGAUGCUGGUUAAUCUAUUCUCUAUCUCUCCAGCCCAGAGUGGUACGGGAUGCUGGUUAAUCUAUUCUCUAUCUCUCCAGUCCAGAGUGGUACGGGAUGCUGGUUAAUCUAUUCUCUCUCUCUCAGCCCAGAGUGGUACGGGAUGCUGGUUAAUCUAUUCUCUCUCUCUCCAGCCCAGAGUGGUACGGGAUGCUGGUUAAUCUAUUCUCUAUCUCUCUCCAGCCCAGAGUGGUACGGGAUGCUGGUUAAUCUAUUCUCUCUCUCCAGUCCAGAGUGGUACGGGAUGCUGGUUAAUCUAUUCUCUCUCUCUCCAGCCCAGAGUGGUACGGGAUGCUGUUUAAUCUAUUCUCUAUCUCUCUCUCCAGCCCAGAGUGGUACGGGAUGCUGGUUAAUCUAUUCUCUAUCUCUCUCCCAGCCCAGAGUGGUACGGGAUGCUGGUUAAUCUAUUCUCUAUCUUCUCCCAGCCCAGAGUGGUACGGGAUGCUGGUUAAUCUAUUCUCUAUCUCUCUCUCUAGCCCAGAGUGGUACGGGAUGCUGGUUAAUCUAUUCUAUCUCUCUCCAGCCCGGAGUGGUACGGGAUGCUGGUUAACAUCUAUUCUCUCUCUCCAGCCCAGAGGUCGGGUUGUUAUCAUUCUCUCUCCAGCCCAGAGUGGUACGGGAUGCUGGUUAAUCUAUUCUCUCUCUCCAGUCCAGAGUGGUACGGGAUGCUGGUUAAUCUAUUCUCUAUCUCUCCAGUCCAGAGUGGUACGGGAUGCUGGUUAAUCUAUUCUCUCUCUCUAGCCCAGAGUGGUACGGGAUGCUGGUUAAUCUAUUCUCUAUCUCUCCAGCCCAGAGUGGUACGGGAUGCUGGUUAAUCUAUUCUCUAUCUCUCCAGCCAGAGUGGUACGGGAUGCUGGUUAAUCUAUUCUCUAUCUCUCCGCCCAGAGUGGUACGGGAUGCUGGUUAAUCUAUUCUCUCUCCCCAGUCCAGAGUGGUACGGGAUGCGGGUUUAAUCUAUUCUCUAUUUUCUCCAGCCAGAGUGGUACGGGAUGCUGGUUAAUCUAUUCUCUAUCUCUCCAACGGUCCCUGCAGUGGUACGGGAUGCUGGUUUAAUCUAUUCUUCUCUCUCAGCCAGAGUGUACGGAUGCUGUUAAUCAUCGUCUCCAGAGUGGUACGGGAUGCUGUACUCCCAGGCAGACAGUAAGAAGAAGUCUAAUCUGAUGAUGUCUCUGUUUGAGCCGGGCCCGGGAGGCUACUGGCUGGCAAGGUGUUCUCACUUUGACCAUGUCACGGGUAUGCUGUUUAAUCUACUUCUCUCACACCACAUACAGCAGAUCACACACUCUCUCACACACACAGGGGUACAGCUUAAACUAUCUCUCACCCAGAUCCAAAUGCACAGGACCGAGCUAACUACCCAGCCACAGAGAAACAGAGUCAGUAUCUACUCUCAUCACAAAAAGGUACGAACCCACACCACACCACGAGGACAACACACACCAUCACACACACACACAGAGACACACACACCAGAGAGCCGGGACCGGAGCCUUUACCCUGGCUGGGCAAGGUGUCUCAGCUUGGACCUAUAUCAGGUAGCUAUAUACUCUCCUCACACACACAGACAUACACAAACACAUCUACCACACACACACAGACAACACACACACUCUACACACACAGAGACACACAACCCACAGAGAACUGACAGCCACAGCUAAUGUUCAGCUUGGACCAUCAGAGCAUACACAUUCACACACACACACACACCAGACACACACACACACACCACACACAGAGACACCACACCCAGAGACACACACACACCCACAAACACACACACAACACACACCACACACAAAAGACACACACACACACACACCACACACACAGAGACACACCACCACACCACACACACAGAGACACACACCAACACACACACACAUGACACACACACACAAGAACACACACACCCACACAGAGACACAAACACUCACACACACAACACUCACACACACAGAGACACACCACCCACACACACACACAACAUCACACACAACACACAAUACACCCCACCACACACACACAAGAGACACCAACCCCACACCCCACAGAGACCAACACACACACAGCACACACACACACACCCACCACACAGAUACACACACACACACACAACACACACACAGAGACACACACACAAACACUCACACACACAGAGACACACACACACACACAAGACACACACACACACACACACAGAGACAACACACUCU